UUUGUUGAACGUUGAAACGUUUGUAAAAGUAUAUUUAUUCAUGCAAGAUUUCAACCGUAGUGAAGAAAAACAUGUCAACAAUCGUCUAUCAAGAAACCAACACCUGCCCGGUGCGUGCGGCACCUAAUUGCAUCUAAUUUUAGAACCUUAUCCAAACAUAUCGCGACCAAACAUAUGCAUACACUAUCGCGACACACUUCCGGUUUCUGGCAAUAGUGUGUCGAUCGUGCGAUCGCCGUAAUGGUGCGAUGGUGAAGCUCAUGCGUACGAUUGUCUUACGAUUUGUCGGUAUUUGCGUGUUCGCCUUGAUUGCAGUGGCACUGCUAAUUGGUGGCCUUCCAACCGCAUUGGAUCCGAGCUGCAAGUGUGAAGAAAGCCGAGAACGUGAUUUGCAGCAUGAGCAGUUCCACCGGAGCUUCCGGCAACUCGAGCAGCCCACCGACCGGAAGAAGCUGGCGAUAGUGGUUCCGUUUCGUGACCGAUUCGACGAGCUGCUACAGUUUGCACCCCACAUGGCCACGUUUUUGCGCAAACAGAACAUCCCGUUUCACAUCAUCGUCGUGAACCAGCACGAUCGGUAUCGAUUCAAUCGUGCGUCGCUGAUAAACAUCGGCUUCCUGCAGGCCCAGGAGGAAUACGAUUAUUUUGCCAUGCAUGAUGUCGAUCUGCUGCCGCUCAACGAUAACCUGCGGUACGAUUUUCCCGCCGAAGGUCCGCUCCACAUCUCCGGACCCGAGUAUCAUCCGAAGUAUCAUUAUGCCGCGUUCAUCGGUGGCAUACUGCUGCUGCGGAUGGAACACUUUGCCCAACUGAAUGGCAUGUCCAACCGGUACUGGGGCUGGGGGCUGGAAGACGACGAGUUUUACGUGCGCAUCAAAGAAGCCGGCCUAGAGGUGCACCGUCCCAAAAACAUAACGACCGGAACGAACAACACCUUCCAACACGUGCACGAUCGGGUGCACCGCCGGCGCGACACGACCAAGUGCUUUAAUCAGCGGGAAGUGACCCGAAAGCGUGAUCGAGAAACGGGGCUCAAUACGCUGAAAUACUCGGUGCACAGCCGCCGCGAGCUAACCAUCGAUGAUGUGCCGGUGACGGUGUUGAACGUGCAUCUUUUCUGCGAUAAACAAAAAACUCCCUGGUGCGAGUGUGACACCACGGCGAACAAUCUGACGGAGAAGAUACCGAAAAAGAAGCCCCGAUAGUAACCCCGU